AUGGGGUCUCUCACUACGGAAAAAAGUGGUCUUCCGAUCGGUUGGCUGUACGCUUCUGUCGCCGCUGUAGCCUAUGUGUACAGUUUGGAUCAAAACAUAACUCCAAAUUACCUCCCAAUCGCCGCGAGCGCGUAUGGAAAGCAUUCAAGUAUCGGAACAAUCUUCACUGUGGAAAGCAUCAUUAAUGGCGUAUCGAAACCAUUCAUAGCGAAAAUUGCAGAUGUUAUCUCCCGUCCCUCAGCUUGCAUGUGCUCACUGGUGUUCUAUACUGCGGGCUACCUCAUGAUUGCACUUUCAUCCUCGAUCACACAUGUCAUCACUGGAUGUAUGUUGUAUACUGUGGGCCACUCAGGCUUGAACCUCGUCACAGACAUCAUUGUGGCUGAUAUAAGCUCCCUUAAAUGGAGAGGGUUUGUACUGAGCUUGACGGGGUUGCCUUUCCUUGUGAACACUUUCAUCGGUGCGGAGAUCGUCAACGCUGUCCUGAAGAGGAAUGCUUGGAGAUGGGGAUACGGGAUGUUCGUGAUCAUCCUCCCCGUUGUCACGCUCCCGCGAUAUACAUCCUCCAUCACAAACACCACCACCCAACUGGAAGACGAGGAUGGGACUUACUGGAAUAGGCUCAAGAACGUCAUAGUGAGGAUGGAUUUCGGGGGACUGGUCCUCAUUGGGAUAAGCUUCUCGUUAUUGCUAUUGCCUCUGACACUUGCGAAGAGUGCGCAGCGAGAUUGGACUCACCCCUCUAUGCUGGUCAUGACUGUGCUGGGGGUGUUAUUCAUCAGUGUUUUCAUGUUAAAUGAGCGACUAUGGACUCAAUAUCCACUCUUCCCAUCUCGAUUCAUCCGAAACCGCACAUUGUUGAUCAUCAUCUUCAUCGACUUCUUGUACUUUAUGUCAGGUUGGAUGCGAACGAAUUACCUCUCCAGUUAUGUCUAUAUCGUCAAGGACUGGACACCCCGAGAGUGGAGCUAUUUCAACAAUGCAACCACAUUCUCUCUGUGCAUCCUGGGUCCUGUCGCUGGUCUCAUACAGCGGUACACUCAUAGAUACAAGACACUCCAAGUUACGGGACUCUCGAUACGACUAAUGCAAGUCGCAUCCCAGGUUCUCAUAGGCGCUGGCGGUGCAUUCAAUGUUGCGGGGAGUCGCGUUGCGUCCCAAGCCAGCGUACCGCAUACUGACCUUGCAAGCGUUGUCGCGAUCUUGGCCUUAUGCACUCAGUUUGGUUCUGCUACUGGGAGUGCAACUGCUACGAAGCUGUGGCGAACUACCCUGGUUCCGUGUCUCAUAAAGUAUUUGCCAUGGCUCACCAACGAGGAGAUUCAAGAACUUUUUGGCUCUAUUUCGAAAGUACGACAGUACCCGUACAAUGACCCGGUACGGCAAGGCGUCAUUAAAGGCUAG